AUGGGACUGUCCAAGCUGCUUCCGUGCCGCCGGCGCCGCCAAGAAAAGGAGGAGGCUAAAAAGAGAAGUACCUCGAUCAACAACACCAAGCCAGUUGCUGCAGCGGAGCAACCUUCUGCAAAGAAAUCAGAAAAUAUUGUGGAUUCGCCUACUGUCACCAACCCUUCGAGUCAUGGCGAGCCCGUGGCCGAUCCUUCCAACCGUGUCGAGAACAAGACCGACACUUUAACCCAAAAAUCCCCCGAGCUCUCGAUUUCCCAACGCGUGUGGAAUCGCGCAUAUGAUGAGCUCGCAGGAGACAAGGGAACAUCUGGUCUGGUUGAGGACUACGUGAAGUUAUUGCCUACGGCGACCAACCCAGAUGGAGAUGUCACAGUUCCAGCUGGCGAAGACUUUGCGACUGAAAUGAAAGAUCCGGUCAGAAGACAGGCCGUGUUAAAAGAAGCCAUUCAAGCUGGUCAGAAAAAGAUUGCCAAGACGGAAAAAAUCACAAAUACAGUUGGCAAUGUGAUAGGCUUCGUCAACAAAUUCAAGGAUGUGAUCGACUUGGCGGUAUCAACCAACCCACAAGCCGCGCUGCCAUGGGCUGGCGUUUGCAUUGGGUUGCAGUCUCUCCUGAAUCCCGCCCAGCAGUCGUAG